AUGGCUGAAAAUGAUGUGGAUAUGGAGGAUAUUGGAGCGAGUGCCGGAAAAUCGAAGGGACGUGGAUUGACUACGGUAGGGGCGCGCGAUUUUUGGGCGGGAAAUUUGGAAAAAUUCAAGAAAGGUGGCCUAGAAAUGGUGAAAUUUGGUUUUCUAGGCCAUAUUCAAGCUUCUGAGCCUAAAAAUGGCCUAGAAAUGGUGAAAUUUGGAUUUCUAGGUCAUAGUUAAGCUACUGAGCCCAAAAAUGGUCUAGAAAUGGUGAAAUUUGGAUUUCUAGGCCAUAGGAAAGCUUCUGAACCUAAAAAUGGCCUAGAAAUGGUGAAAUUUGGAUUUCCAGGCCAUAGUUAAGCUUCUGAGCCCAAAAAAUGGCCUAGAAAUGGUGAAAUUUGGAUUUCUAGGCCAUAGUUAAGCUUCUGAGCCCAGAAAUGGCCUAGAAAUGGUGAAAUUUGGAUUUCUAGGCCAUAGUUAAGCUCCUAAGCCCAAAAAUGACCUGGAAAUGGUGAAAUUUGGAUUUCUAGGCCAUAUUUGAGCUUCUGAGCCUAAAAAUGGUGAAAUUUAGACUUCUAGGCCAUAGUUAAGCUUCUGAGCCUAAAAAUGGCCUAGAAAUGGUGAAAUUUGGAUUCCUAGACCAUAGUUAAGCUUAUGAGCCCAAAAAUGGCCUAGAAAUGGUGAAAUUUGGUUUUCUAGGCCAUAUUUAAGCUACUGAGCCUAAAAUCUCAAUUUUCCAGUCAAGAAAUCGUGAAAAAAUCGUCUACGAUGUUGUCGAUGAAGAUCAAAGCACAGGAUCGGCUGAAAAAUCGGGAAAUGUUGGCGGACCACAAAGAUCAGUCGAAGGUUGGAUCGUUUUUGUGACCAACAUCCACGAGGAAGCCACCGAAGAUGAUGUCAAUGAUAAAUUUGCGGAUUUUGGAGAAAUUAAGAAUAUUCAUUUGAAUUUGGACAGAAGAACUGGAUUUUUUGAAGGGAUAUGCGUUGGUUGAGUAUGGAACACAGAAGGUAAGGGGUUUUGGGGCCAAAAUUUGAAAAAUUUCAGUAAAAAUAACCUGAAAUUCAUGAAAUUUGGUGAAUUUUGACCCGAAAUUCGUGAUUUUUGACAAAAAAUGGCUUAGAAACUGGAAAAUUUGGAUUUCUAGGCCAUUUUCUGACCCUGAAAUUUUGUUUCACCAAAAAUAAGAUAAGAUAUCAGAAUUUCUCAGUUUUUAUUGAUUUUUCCCCCAAAAAAUAGCCCAAAAUUCGUGAAAUUUGUAUCAAAAUUUAAAUUUUUGACUAGAAAAUCUGGAAAUUUCCCAAAUUUUCAAUCUGAAAUUAAUUUCAGGAAGCGACAGAAGCCAUUGAAAAAUGCAACGGAACCGAUCUUUUGGGCCAAAACAUCAAUGUUGAUUGGUGUUUUAUUCGAGGAGCAAAAAAAUGA